UUAAUUCCCAUCUCUUAGCUUUGUUUUGUCGGAUGGAAGAACAAGGCAUGGAGUUGAUGAUCAUGGGUUCGGGCGGUUUGGAGGCGGCGGUGGGGGAAGAGGAGGAGCAGCGGCGGCAGGUGAAAGCGGAGAUCGCGACACACCCGCUGUGGGAGCAGCUGGUGGGGGCCCACGUGGCGUGCCUCCGGGCGGCGACGCCCGUUGACCAGCUGCCCCUUAUUGAGGCUCAGCUCUCUCACUCUCACAAUCAUCUCUUGGCCUCUUAUUAUGCUUUGCACCAUAAUAAUAAUCACUCUCACACCUCUCUUCCCCCUCAUGAAAGGCAAGAGCUUGACAACUUCUUGGCACAAUACAUGUUAUUGCUAUGCUCAUUCAAGGAACAUAUAGAGCAACAUGUGAGAGUGCACGCCGUUGAAGCCGUUAUGGCCUGCCGUCAAAUUGAACUUAACUUACACGCUCUUACCGGAGCAAUACUAGGUGAAGGAAGUGGGGCAACAAUGUCAGAUGAAGAAGAAGAAGACUUGGAGAUGGGCUUGUGUUUUGAUCACAUAGGAGUAGGAGCCGAUAAUGGGCCCGACUUGAUGGGCUUCGGCCCACUGCUCCCUACCGAAUCUGAAAGGUCACUAAUGGAGAGAGUUCGUCAUGAAUUGAAGAUUGAGCUCAAACAGGGAUUCAAAUCAAGAAUUGAAGAUGUGAGGGAAGAGAUAUUAAGAAAGAGAAGAGCUGGGAAAUUGCCUGGUGACACUACCACUGUACUCAAGAACUGGUGGCAGCAACACUCUAAGUGGCCAUAUCCAACUGAAGAUGACAAGGCAAAACUAGUGGAGGAAACAGGCUUGCAACUCAAGCAAAUCAAUAACUGGUUUAUCAACCAAAGGAAGCGCAAUUGGCACAACAGCUCACAUUCACUUACAUCUCUCAAGUCAAAGCGCAAGAGAUAAAGGCCCACAUUUUCAUUUAUACAUCCAAAACUCAUGAAAUGCCAUGUGUAUUGAUAUGAUAUAGAUAUGGUUUGUGGAUUUCUUGAAAGUCUUAUGUACUUCAUUUGUUCUAAAUUAAUUGUAACAUAAAUGAAAACAUUAGAGUUGUUUAGAAGUAAAAGCUUGUAACAAAG